AUGGAAUGGCCACCCACGAAGACAUUAACGUCAAAAGUGCAUGGCGUUCAGGAACUUGAUGGGUUUCCUGGUGCCUAUAUUCGCGUUAAGGGUGACGACUUGGGUUCGAUUAUAGAUACGCGGCUAUCAGCGGGAAAGCCGUCGUUCUUGCACUUCUUUGCUAUGUCUUCUGAAGACCUGCAAAAGCUGCUUCUUCUGGCGUAUGAUAAACAAAUGGAAGUGUUGAUCGAGCAUGAGGGCUCGGACACUCCUCUUCUGAAGGAGCUGCAGAAGGCACGCGCAUCAGCAGCUCGAAUCAACACAGAGAAGGCAGACCGAAGCAUACAAAAGGUGCUGAAGAGUUUUGCUGAGCUGGAGCGAGAAAUUAAAGCGGUAAAAGCUCUUGCGCUCAAAGAGGAGAAUACUUCGGAUGAAGGUGAAGAAGACGACAAUGAUGAUGACGACGCAGCGAACGACUAA